CAUCCUGCAGAACAAGGUGUUCAUCUACCGGGGGAAGGAGUAUGAGCGGAGGGAGGACUUCCAGGCGCAGCUCCUGAGCCAGUUCCCCAACGCCGAGAGCCUGACCACCACCUCCGCCCCCGGGGAGGAGGUGCGGGCCGCGCCCGGCCAGUACAUCCAGUGCUUCACGGUCCAGCCUGUUCUGGAUGAGCACCCCCGGUUCAAGAACAAGCCUGUGCCUGACCAGAUCAUAAACUUUUACAAGUCCAACUACGUGCAACGGUUCCACUACUCCCGGCCCGUGCGCAGGGGUGCCGUGGACCCCGACAACGAGUUCGCUUCCAUGUGGAUCGAGAGGACGUCAUUCCUGACUGCGUACAAGCUGCCCGGCAUCCUGCGCUGGUUUGAGGUGGUCCACAUCUCUCAGAGCACCCUCAGCCCCCUGGAGAACGCCAUCGAGACCAUGUCCGCGGCCAACGAGAAGAUCCUGAUGAUGGUCAACCAGUACCAGAGCGACCCCGGCCUGCCCAUCAACCCGCUGUCCAUGCUGCUCAACGGCACCGUGGACCCGGCCGUCAUGGGCGGCUUCGCCAAGUACGAGAAGGCCUUCUUCACCGAGGAGUACUCCCGGGAGCACCCCGAGGACCAGGACAAGCUGCACCGGCUCAAGGAUCUGAUCGCCUGGCAGAUCCCCUUCCUGGGGGCUGGAAUUAAGAUCCAUGAGAAGCGGGUAUCAGACAACCUGCGGCCCUUCCACGAGCGGAUGGAGGCCUGCUUCCAGAGCCUCCGGGCGAAGGUGGAGCGCGAGUACGGAGUCCGGGAGAUGCCAGACUUCGAGGACAGGAGGGCGGGCCGCCCGCGGUCCAUGCUGCGCUCCUACAGACAGAUGUCGGUCAUCUCGCUGGCUUCCAUGAACUCCGACUCCGGGACCCCCAGCAAGGCCAACCCCGAGAGGUCAGCCGGGCCCCCCUGGGCCUCCUCCGCUGCUCACUGGCCUCCUCCGCUGCUCACUGGCCUGGGCCUCCUCCGCUGCUCACGGGCCUGGGCCUCCUCCGCUGCUCACUGGCCUGGGCCUCCUCCGCUGCUCACGGGCCUGGGCCUCCGUUCUCUUCCAGCCCUCACACUCUCCGUGGCCGGCUCAGCAGGGCUAGACGAGGCCGGCACAUCCCCACGCCUCAGCCAGGCCUUCCUGCACCUCUCGGACGGGGACAAGAAGACCCUGAAGAGGAAGAAAGUGAACCAGUUCUUCAAAACCAUGCUGGCCAGCAAGUCGGCCGAAGAAGGCAAGCCACUGCCGGACUUCCUGUCCACAGACCUGUGACAGUCCUGCUGCUCGGAGAAGGUUCCAGAAGAGAGGCAGGAGUGGAUGUAAGCCUCCAAGAAUGAGAACUGUAACCCCCUCGGUGGCCCUCACUCAGAAGAGACGGGCCGGCCGGACCCCAGGGCCUGGACGGCCACGAGUCCAGCAUUCCUGCGAGUGGGGUCACUCUGUGGCUAGGGGGGCCGAGCCCUGGAUCCCCGACAUGUUCCAGCACGUUCCAGCAUGUCUCCACGCACUCUCCCAGCAUGCCCGCACCCCUCAACCCCGCUUCCUAGGCAUAGGAGCGUUUUCAUUUCAUUUUUCCAAGGGUCAGCACCUAAGGGCCAAAAAGUCCUGGAAUAUUCUUUCGUACUUUCAGUUAAGGGUUGUGUGCUUCUCUCUCGUAAUGCAACUACCCAGCUGCUUUUUUAAAUGACCGUCUCAGGAGUGUUGCUCUUUCUUACAAUAAAAUAAUCCCAUGCCUCAGAUAAA